AUGUCUGAGAAUGUUAAUAUUGAUCUCUCCGGAGAAAUUAAUGCUACUACAGAAAAGAAAGGCUUGCAAAAGUAUGUGAAUGAUAUGGAAUUGUUGCUUCAGCAUGUUCGUAGUGGAGCUGGUCCUGCCCUGCUCAUGGGAGUACUUGCAUCACGGAAACCGUGGACCCAGUUUGUGGCUACCGACAACUUUAAGGUUCCUCCAUCAGUACCUCGGUUAUCCCGGCGAUUUUACAGAAAUGUGGAAUAUUUUCAAGCAAAUUACUUGAUGAUCUUUCUUGGAUUGUUUGCAUAUUGCUUGAUUACUUCACCUCUUCUCUUGAUCGCUAUGGUAGCCAGUUUCUUUGGAUACAGAAAACUUACAGCAGGUCCCAACACUUGGAAGAUUGGUGGAUGGGAGUUAAGUAAAACACAGCAGUAUGCAGUGGCAGCUGGAUGUUCCAUGGCAUUGUGUUGGUUAGCUGGUGCUGGCGCAGUACUGUUCUGGGUAUUAGGUGCCACAGUGACAGUGGUAGCUCUUCAUGCAAGCUUCUUUGAUGCGGAGGCUCUACCUCAAUCUGAGGACCCAGAGCAGUUCCCGAUGAUAGAGCAGGUGUGA